AGUGUGAAAAUCGACCACAGAAAACAGAAAAGUUAUAGAAAAUCAAAAUUUUCAGCAAGAUAAUUAUUAUUAUUUUCUUGAGUACAACAUUAAUGCAAAAAUGUACAAAAUGAUCCUAUAAAGUACAGUCCAUCCUUGCAUGUUGUUUAAAUAUAGAAGUAAUACAUUGACUAUAUUAUUGGCUUGUCCGCCAUAAGGUACUUCUAACUACAAGAGUGAUUUCAUUCCCGUAUGGCGGCGUAUGUUAACCGAACGAUAUCGAUGAUGGCUGGUGACGGGCCACACAAUGUGUCGAUGUUGAACAACGGCUCGGUACGUGUGAACAUGCAAAAUGUUGACUCCCCGCUCCAGAUAUUCGUCAGAGCGAAGAAGAAGAUAAACGAUAUAUUUGUGGAGAUUGACGAUUAUGUCAAAGAUGCUGUCACUUUUAUGCAUGCUGUAUCGGGUGAGAAUGGCAUUGCCACACCACAGGAUAUGGGCAAUGUGGAGUCAUAUGUGUCAAAGGUGGAAGCCAUCAGAGAGGUUCUCAAGCGAGAUCAUAUGAAAGUUGCUUUCUUUGGAAGGACAAGCAAUGGCAAAAGCACAGUUAUAAAUGCGAUGCUCCAUGACAAAAUCCUACCGAGCGGGAUAGGACACACGACUAACUGCUUCUUGCAAGUUGAAGGUUCUGAUACAAACGAAGCCUACAUGAGAACGGAAGGCUGCGAGGAGAAACUUAAUGUACAGUCCGUAAGCCAAUUAGGUCACGCCCUGUGCGCGACUCGUCUGCAAGAGUGCUCGCUGGUGCACGUGCACUGGCCCCGCGAGCUGUGCGCGCUGCUGCGGGACGACGUGGUGCUGGUGGACAGCCCCGGCGUGGACGUGACGCCGAACCUCGACACGUGGAUCGACAAGUACUGCCUCGACGCGGACGUGUUCGUGCUCGUGGCCAACGCAGAGUCCACGCUCAUGGUCACUGAGAAGAACUUCUUUCACAAAGUAUCGACGAAGAUAUCCCAACCGAAUAUAUUUAUACUGAACAAUCGCUGGGACGCGUCCGCCUCCGAGCCGGAGUAUAUGGAGCAGGUACGCACACAACACGCGAACCGCUGCGUCGACUUCUUAUCGCGUGAGCUGCGUGUGUGCUCCCCUAAAGAGGCUGAGGAGAGGAUCUUCUUCAUAUCCGCCAAGGAAGCCCUGCUCACCAGGAUGCGUGAUCGAGAGAAACCUGUCUCUUCUCCGAUCCUGGCGGAAGGUCACCAGGUGCGCUACUUCGAGUUCGUGGACUUCGAGCGCAAGUUCGAGGAGUGCAUCAGCCAGUCGGCCGUGCGCACCAAGUUCGCGCAGCACUCGCGCCGCGGCAAGAACAUCGCCGGGGACGUCAUGGCGGCUCUCGACCGGGUGUACAACAUAGCAACAGAGCAAAAAGCAGCCAAGGUCGAGAAGCAGAGGAUACUUCACGAGCAGCUGUCGUCCAUAGAGGAACAGCUGACCACCAUCACGAGACAGAUGAAGGACAAGAUCAACAGGAUGGUUGAGAGCGUGGAGCACAAGACCACAACUGUACACAAUAAAAACUGCGGGCAGAUUGGCCAACGCAUGUACAACAUCCUCCCCACCAACAAGCGUGCCGCCGCAGCCAACUACAUCAUACCUCACCAGCAGCCCUUCGAGGUGCUGUACCGGCUGAACUGCGACAACCUCUGCGCCGACUUCAACGAAGACUUGUCUUUCCGCUUCUCGUACGGGAUCACGGCUCUCAUCCAACGGUUCCAGGGAAAGAAUACUAAUCGGAUCGCUUUGAAUAACCCCCCACAGUACACUCAGAUCCCGGCCAGCAUCACCCCGGUGUCGGCGCUGCCCCCCGCCCCCCGCGCCGCGCUGCCCGUGCUCAGCGCGGAGGAGUGGGGGCUGCUCUCCAAGUUCGCGCUGGGGGCCCUCACGUCGCAGGGGACUAUGGGGGGCCUGUUGCUCUCCGGAUUGCUGCUGAAGACGGUGGGGUGGCGCGUGCUGGCGGUGACGGGGCUGGCGUACGGCGCGCUGUACGCGUACGAGCGCCUCACGUGGACGGCCAAGGCGCAGGAGCGCGUCUUCAAGCGCCAGUACGUCGCGCACGCCGGCAAGAAGCUGCGCCUCAUCGUCGACCUCACCUCCGCCAACUGCAGCCACCAAGUGCAGCAGGAGCUGUCCACGAUGUUCGCCCGGCUGUGCCGCCUCAUUGACGAGGCCACCACGGAGAUGGACGCCGAGCUGUCCGGGGUGCGGGACGCCAUCAAGAUGCUGGACGACGCCUCCACGUCCGCGAAGAAGCUGCGGAACAAGGCGAACUAUCUGUCGCACGAGCUCGAACUGUUCGAAGAGGCCUUCCUCAAGCACAAUAAUUAAUUUUGUGUGCUAACACGACGUGUCGAACUGAAGACAGCGGCCGGCGAGACGCACUCCGCAGCCGACACGCAACGGCUUCACAAAAUAUAUACAAAGGUAGUAGAGUACAGGUACAUAUAGUUAUAAUGCCAAUCGAUUUAUUCAAUAAAUAGAUUAAUAUGGCAACACUCAACAGUCAAACGAGAAAGGGACAGCCUAUCUCGAGUUCUGUCGCCGUGACGUCACGCGGCGGCGCAAGUAAUGGCCGCUUCGUAAAUAAUGUAUUAAAGAUGAAUUAAAUACUUGUGUUGUCUAAUUUAAAACACGAUUUUGAUUCUAUUAGAGCCACAACAACAAAUGUUGAGUGUGGGGUUGUGAAUGUAUCUCAAUAACUAAAAUGCUUUAAUGAAAUAAUUACAAGCCCGUAAAGCUAAAAGGUCGGAUCUAUACGUGUUUAUUUAUUACGUGAAUAGCGUUUUCAUUUUUUGCCUUGCCGAUAAUUUCACUCGACUCUUACAUUCAAAUUUGUAGGCAGGAGAUAGAGAAAUGUCGAAUAUUUCAAUCGGUGUAACAGUACGUGUUGUAUUGGACGUGUGUAGUGGCGGGUAGUUCGCGGAAUCGAUCUUAUAAGGAAGUCUGCAGUUUACAAGAGCAUCGCUGUGAAUAAAUCUCUUAUUUAAAAACGAAAACAACCCAUCGUUUCCUUGGAGUUUGUGGAGUAGUUUGGCGGUCGAGCCCUCUGUGUGCUUAGUGCGAGUUCUUUAACAUUAUCGAUAGCGUAAAAGUUAACCCAAUUUUGUAUGCAGUUGGAACAGCGCCCCUAGCGGCGAACGUAGGCAAACUAUCCCAUUCCAUGCAAAUAUGAGAUAACUUUUACGCUAUCGAGAACGUUAAAAAACUCGCAUUAAGCACACUGCUAUCUUCGGGUCCACGUAAACAUCUGUGUGCUCAAAGAGAGUUUUUUAACUUCUCGAUCGCGUAAAAGUUAACUCAAAUUUGUAUGGAUUUGGAGCAGCUUCCCUUCGUUUGCCGCUAGGGGCGCUGUUCCAAUUCCAUACAAAUUUGAGUUAACUUUUACGCGAUCUGUUUAAAUGGUAAAAUGAGUGCAUUUCUUCUUGUUUCAAGUUCAUUCGAACUAACGCGCUUGUGACGUCACAGUUCGGUAAAGAUAUUGAGAAUCGGGUUCUAAGUUUCAGCGUAUCCUUUGAAAACGCUCGACGCACGCGUCACGCGAUUCAAACAAGUGUUUUCUCUCAUAUUAAUCUUUUCUUAACAAUGAUUUUUUUUUUAAUAGAAGCAAAUUUUCAUUGUGUUCUAAUCCAACCAAAUUCGCGAAGCAAUUUAUUCUCUUAAGGACUUGACAUUUGGUCGCAGUACAUAGGCGAUAUCUUUAAAGAUGUUUACUUCAAUUAUUACUGGGGCAUAACAUUUUUAUUAACAUUAAUGGUUAUGUGAGAAAUAUGAAAUAUCGGAUAUUUUAAAACGAAUGAAAUAAAAACCGUAAUUGAAUAUUUUUAACUCAACGUUUAAUAUAUAUUUCGAUCUGUUAAUAUUGCUGCUUCGUACGAGGCUACCGUGUGGCUCCUUUAAUAGAAAAUACACGUUGAUAUUUUAAGGUUAUUGAAUGAAAUACUUGAUUUUAUCACAAUCGAUGCAACGGCUCCCCACAGAUUAUAUAGGGUUAUGUUGUCUAUGAAUAUAAAGUGUUACUUGUCGUUAAAAUCUCAGUUCACACAGUUAAGAAAGGUUGAAAUUUUAUUAUCCGUGGCAAUUUCUUAACAUGUAUUACUUUGAUCUUAUUGUUAAAGCAUGUUAUGUUACCAACAUUAAAAUACACGCACGCUACUUUAAAAUAUACACGUGCAUAAUCUGUGUAACGUUUGUUUGUAAUUAUUUAUUUAUUUAUUCCGACAUCUUUGUGCGUAUGUACAGUGAUUUUUAUUCUUAAUUAGAUCAAAUAUGUAUUAUUGUAAUUUAGUGAUUUUGUUAUUAUUUUUUUUUCAAACUUAUUUAAUCGAUCAAGCUAAGACGAAACGUCAAAAGAUAUAUGUUGUUGUUUCUUUGAGCUAUAUUUUCCCUCUGGCAAUACUAAUGUCACUGUAUGUAACUAUACUUAAGACCUUAGAAUUUAUAUCUCAAGGUGGAUGGCGCAUUUACGUCGUAAAUGUCUAUGGGCUCCAGUAACCACUUAACACCAGGUGGGCUGUAAGCUCGUCCGCCCAUCUAAGCAAUAAAAAAAAAUGUUUUUUUUAGAUGUCACGAAAAAUUUGUUGAGAAUAAUCGCACGUAAAGUUGUUUACCUAAAGUGCGAGUGUAGGUUGUCCUUGUCGAUGCUAACUAACUUCUGGGUCCGUACUGUUGCUAUUAGAGUUAUAUAAUAAGUCUGGCAUGUAGGCUUCAUUCCAUAUCUGAUUAUUUGUGUGUCUACAUUCGCUAUACAGGGUGUGAUAAGGUAACGUUGUCAAACUUUUCUUUUUUCUCUACCUAUUCGCUGGUAGCUUGAGGGGUUAUUUCAGCUACGUCCGGAUUGGUAAGUAAGCUCACGGGCUCAA